AUGGUGGCUUACAAGGAGAAUGAAGUCAGUCUUCGACGAGUUCAAGUACGUGGUUUUUGUGGACACUACUUCGAGGCCGGCUUUGAUGUGAUAAAAGCUCUUUCCAAUCACAGCCGUUUUAUAUUCCAUAGCAUGAAUGCCUUUGUGUUUAAAUAUGGGAACAAGGGCCGGCACCCAAGCAGUGGCGGUAAACAGAUUCUGUCAUUGUUGACCCAGAGAACAUUAUAG